AUGCCCAUUCUCAUGCUCAUGCUCCAUGUGUCCGUGGGAGGAGGCGGGCCAAACACUCAAAUCUCGCCAUUCCAGACUCCAGCGGACCAAAGGGGAGAGCGAGCUCCCUUUAUCACCUUGAAACUGCUGCCUUGGGGAAUCUGCUGGAAGAGAGGUUGGCUGACUGUUGGCUACAUUAUCUUGGGCGAUCUAGGUGCCGAAGUCAUCAAGAUCGAACAUCCCACCCGCGGCGACGAUACUCGAGCAUGGGGCCCUCCGUUUGCGAAGUACAAGGAUGGUGCGGCUGUUAAAGGAGGCCGACCGGGCGAGAGUGCUUAUUUCAUUGGUGUUAAUCGCAACAAGAAAUCCGUCGGCCUUUCAUUUCAACAUCCAGAGGGUGUCAAGAUUCUGCAUGAGUUGGUAAAGAUAUCGGACGUGCUUGUGGAGAAUUACAUUCCUGGAGCUCUGAAGAAGUAUCAGCUCGACUACGAAUAUCUUCGCAAGAUCAAUCCUCGCUUAAUCUACGCUUCCAUCACCGGCUACGGCCAAACGGGACCCUACAGCUCUCGGGCGGGCUACGACGUCAUGGUCGAAGCCGAAAUGGGCCUGAUGCACAUCACAGGCGAGCGCAACGGGCCACCAGUCAAAGUCGGGGUGGCUGUAACGGACCUCACGACCGGUCUGUACACGGCCAACGCGAUCAUGGCAUCGUUGCUGGCGCGUCAGAGGACCAACGUCGGCCAACACCUGGAUGUGGCCUUGUCAGACUGCCAGGUGGCGACGCUAGCCAACAUCGCCAGUAGCGUUCUGAUCAGCGGCAAGCGCGACGGAGGACGCUGGGGCACGGCGCACCCGUCGAUCGUCCCCUACAAAGGAUUCGCGACGGCCGACGGCGACGUGAUGAUCGGGGGCGGCAACGACCGACUCUUCGGAGUGCUGUGUGACAGAUUGGGCCGGCCCGAAUGGAAGACGGACCCGCGGUUCGUUACCAACGACGUGCGCGUGGCCAACCGCGACGUCCUCGAGAAUCUCAUCGAAGACAUCACCCGCACCAAGACCACCAAGGAGUGGCUGGCCGUCUUUGAAGGCAGUGGCUUGCCCUACGCCGCCGUCAACGACGUCAAGGAUACCCUGGAGCACGAACACAUCCAAGCCCGCGGAAUGGUCACCGAGGUCAAACAUCCGGUCUGUGGCGACAUCAAACUCGUCAGCCCGCCGGUCAAGUACAGCGAGAGUCUUACCGGGGUGCGCUCGUCGCCGCCAACUCUGGGCCAGCAUACCGAGCAAGUCCUUGCUGAGGUGCUGGGCUUGAAGGAGGACGAGGUUGAAAAAUUGAAGAGUCAAGGAGUUGUUUCUUGA